CAUAGAGUUGGUGGUUGGGUUGCGAGGUGGCUUUUAUCUAUUUUUCUGGAGCUCUUCCAGGGUUUGAUAUCAUUUGGAGAGGCAGUUUUGAGUGAUGUGGUUUCUUUUACCACAAUUAUAACAAAUGAUAUUACUAUUGUUUGUUGGACAAGGCUAACAAG